AACCGUGUUUACGUAACCAAUAACAACAAAGUAAUGUUUAAGCAAUAUUAGCGAUAGAAAAGAUGCAAAAACAAAAAUAUUAUAAAUUGUCUUUAUACGGAAAAUAAAAGGUUUUAGGAUGCCUCAAUAUGUUAAAUUACCACCGAAUCUUUGCGAUAAAAGUCAACUAUGUGGAAAAACGAUAUAUUGGAGAGACUAUUGUUCUAAUCAUAAGAAAAUGCAAAGAAGGCACAAGGACCCGUCGACAUUUAGAAGAAGCAAGAGUUUAACUAAAGACAUAAAAUUCGAGAGUUCAGCUAAACUUAAUGAAAACUUUGCAAGUAUUGACAAGAUUAUAGCAGAUAUGGAAAACACAACCUUAGAAAACGGUGAAAACAAUGAGACAUGUAAAAACAAAACAUUCGCAUCAAAAAAUGUAACUUUCAGUACUCCUCCGAAAUCUGCUGAUGUAUUGCUUUCUAAAAGGGUAUCUUUGGAACCACCAACAUCAUACUUUGGGAAACAUUUCAGAGAUGUAUCAGAAGAAAAUUAUAAAGAUUUCAACGGAGAGCAAAGUUUUUCAUUGGUACCUAUUCAAAGAACAAGCAAUGAUAAUGCAGUUUAUAUUCCAGCUCAACAUAAUAGAAGCAAUUCUUAUCCAGUUUAUCGACAAUUGUGUUCAAAUUGUUUAUCAUGCAGAUGCAAAGAAAGUGCUAAAGAUCCGGAUGUCUUACAACUUAAAAUGGACUCACAAAAACAGCUUAACGCCAGAUAUACAGACCCAAACGAAGACUAUAUCAACUACAGCACAUUUUUUCACGAUGCUAGAAGAAAAUCACGAGGUUACUUUAUUAUACAUCCAGAGUUUGUUUCAGAAAAUAAUAAAGCAACGCAAAGAAGACAACUUGAUGAAAAGUACAUUGGGCAGACCGUGCUGGGUACCCAUUAUAUCAACGCGUAACUUUUGUAACACUUUAAAAACACUUUUAUAUUUUUUAAGGUCUUGAAAAAAAUGUUAUUUGUAGGUAUAAAAUAAGAAUUUUUCGCAAGUUUAUAAUAGAAAAGAAAAAGUAAUUUUAGCGAGGUAAACUAAGGUCAA